GCUAGCUAGGUAGGUAGUUGAUGCUGCUGUCCUCGUCCUAUAUAAGCUAGGUGCAGCUCUGGCUGCCCUGCCAUCAACGACAUCUAGAACACAUCAAUCCACGAUGGCCAAGAAGCAGAAACUCUCGCACAGGCUCUUCUCCGCCCUGCUCUCCUUCGUCCUCCACGGUAGGACUAGGCCUCCGGCCGUCUCCAGCCGGACAACUGCCGCCGCCGUGACCGCAUCGCCACCGCACCCGUCCACGCUGCACAACCACCAUAGUUCCUCCUGUCCUCAAAUGGAAGACAAGCUCGCCGCCGCGCGAACCCUCGUCCUCGACGUUGACGCUGGGCUCCUGCUCCCGUCGUCAUCCCUCUUCCCCUACUUCAUGCUCGUGGCGCUGGAGGCCGGAGGAUACUUACGAGGCAUGGUGCUCCUCCUCCUCUACCCUAUCAUCUUCUGCAUGGGCGGCUACAGCGACGCGGCGCUGAGGGUGAUGGCCUUGGCGGCCUUCUGCGGGCUGCGCGCGAGCCGCUUCCGCGCCGGCUGCGCCGUGCUACCCAAGUGGUUCAUGGAGGACGUGGCCGCAGAAGGGUUCGAGACGAUGAGGAUGAGCGGUGCCGCCGGCGGGAGGAGGGUGUGCGUGACGAGGCGGUUGCCGAGGGUGAUGGUGGAGGGGUUCCUGUCGGAGUACCUCGGGGCGGAGGCGGUCGUCGGGAGGGAGAUGAAGGUGCUCUGUGGGUUCUACACCGGUCUCAUGGUGGAAGAAGACGAGGUGGUGUUGGAGGAGAAGAAGAAGAUCAUGGGCGAGUGUGGUGAUGCCGUGGGAUUCUGUGGCUCGCCGGAGUUUCUCCGCCAUCCUCUCUCACGCUGUUGCAAGGAUAUCUACCUCGUGACACGGGAGGACAGGGCCACCUGGCAGGCGCUGCCGAGGAGCAAGUACCCGAAGGCCGUGGUGUUCCACGACGGCCGCCUCGCGUUCCUGCCAACCGCCGGCAGCACGCUCGCCAUGUUCAUGUGGCUGCCCUUCGGCAUCUCCCUCGGCGCCGCCCGCCUGGUGGUCGCGCUCACCGUCCCAUACCGGUACUCCACGCCGAUCCUGGCGGCCACCGGCAUGUCCUGGCGGCUCAAAGACGGCGGCGAGCGGCCGCCGCUGCAGGGCGCAGACGGCGACGAGCGAGGGCGCCGGCGCGGGCAGAUGUUCGUGUGCAACCACCGCACGCUCAUCGACCCGGUCUACGUGUCGGUGGCUCUAGACCGGCAGGUGCGCGCCGUGUCGUACAGCCUCAGCCGCCUCUCGGAGCUCAUCUCACCGAUCGGCCGCACGGUGCGGCUAACAAGAGACCGCGACGCCGACGGCCGCGCCAUGGCCCGCCUCCUGGAACGCGGCGACCUCGUCGUCGUCUGCCCCGAGGGCACUACCUGCCGUGAGCCAUACCUGCUCCGGUUCAGCCCGUUGUUCGCGGAGCUGAGCGACGACGUGGUACCCGUGGGCAUCGCCGUCGAGACGGCAAUGUUCUACCCGACCACGGCCGGCGGGCUCAAGUGCCUCGACUCGCUCUACUACAUUGUCAACCCGAGGAUGUGCUACACGGUGCAGUUCCUGGAGCGGGUGAGCACGGCGGCGGUAAGGGAGGGGAAGAUGCCCAGCGCCGACAUGGCCAACCUCGUGCAGAAGAAGAUGGGGGACGCGCUCGGAUACAGCUGCACCAUGCUCUCCAGGAAGGACAAGUACCGCAUGCUCGCCGGUAACGACGGCAAAUGCUCGUCUGCUCCUGCUUCAAGGAACCACAACUCAUGAUGAAUGACAUAUAAGUAGACUUUGUGUGUUUUCUACUCAUUCCAUCCGUGUUUACAAGCCUAUUAUUUGUUCAGGCUUAUAGAAAAAAUAUCAAGAUCUGAUAUGAAAUAUGUUCCAAUCUAAGAGGAUGGUUACUCGGAGUAUGAUAAUAACAUUUUUAUUUGGAGACACUUUGAUUAUAA